UUGAUGACGUAUCUCCGAACAGUCAACAGACACACACACGGUCGGUCCGGACUGGAGCUACGCCGGGGCCAAUAUUUUUCCCUUUUUUCUGCUGUCUGUGCGUUUUGGCGAUCUUAUAAACAUCAUACAUACGAGGCGGCCGGAAUAGAUUGUUUACACGAAGCAAAGAGACGGUUGGUAGCGGUUUUUGUGGACGAGAGCGCGCUCCGGAGUGUGACGCCUGUUUUUAUUUGUGUUCACUGCGACACGGAAAGUGACAGUGCAGGAUUCCUCGCCUUGACAGCUUAAAGACACGACUGGAGCAUUACACAUGUUAUUGCACUUUAGACCAUUGGCUUAAAGAGUCAGUUUUAGUACUUUAGUCGUCUUGCUGUAGGAGAGCAGGCCAGUGGAGAAAGCCUAAUCAUCAUCGUCAUCUUCAUCAACCCACGCCUGGUUUUUAUAGUCUAAUAUUUCACAUUUAAAUACAUCUGUUAGUGCUUAACUUAUUCUUCAACACGAUGAGAGAAAAGUUACAGUAUUAAUGGUGAACAGGGACCUUAAUGACACAAUGUUGUCUACAUGAUGUGCAUGUGCGAUACUCGCUUUUAAUGUAGACAAAGCUGAUUCAGACCGACUUUGAAAGAUGUUGUAGGUGUUUACAGUUUUGUUAGGAGCGCAGGAUUGCCAAAGAAAAGACUUUAGAUAUAGGACAGAGUGAAUUGCCUUAUGCAACCCUUUAAAUCAAUACUACAGCGACCGUAUGAAUGAAGCGAGGUGUAUUUAGGUGCAUAAAUAAGGUAAGGACCACCAUUUAAAGCUAUGAUGUGAACUUUUAAUUCGUGAUGCACUUACAAAGGAGAUAUUAAACUGUUUCUCCCUGGGUUUGAGAGAAUUGAACUACAUCGUAGCGGAUUGAGAGAACUUCUGUUGGUUUUUAGUGCAUGACAGGCAGUGGUGUGUGCUCCAGCUCCUUGGAAAUGAGAAAAUGAAUUGCGAGGAACAAGCUGUAGAUUUGUGCAAUGCUAUAGAUUUGUGCAAUGUGUCUGACAACACUAUAUCACACCCCGGAGACAAAAUCCUUCCCCAUGAUGGCCUCUUGCAGGUGGAUAGAGAGCAGGGGGACGCUUCCGUCCUGACCAGGUUAAAAGACGUCCAUUCAAAGGACGAUGAUUCCACUGAGCUCAAAGCACUGCAUAGUAAAAACAACGGCUCCAUUGCGGUGUCAGCCGACCCUGUUAAUGGUUCUGUCGGUGAUUUGCAACAGAAUAUAAACAAGUUUGAGGAACCACCAGUGAGCAAAUGCUCUGUUGGAGAUGGGGGUGGUGAUGAAGAUGAUGAUGGUGAGAUGGAUAUCGGUGUGGAUUUAAGUCUGGAUGAAAAUGGCGUUUUGGAGUUCGAGCCAGCGGCCCAGACUCAAAAUGAGGAAAGUGCCUCUAGUUGUGAUAACUCUCUAACAUCAGAAACUGUCAUAGAACUGUAUGCACAGCAACCUUUGGAAGAACGUAGUGAGGAUGUGCCCUCAGAGACUGUGUCGACGGCUACAACGCCAGGCAAUGGAACUGGGGUUAAGCAUAGGUCCAAAAGGGUGACCUUUCCGUCAGAUGAAGACAUCGUCUCGGGUGCGGUUGAGCCGAAGGACCCUUGGAGACACGCCCAGAAUGUGACCGUGGAGGAGAUUCUGAAUGCCUACAGACAAGCAUGCCAGAAGCUCAACUGCAAACCAAUCCCUAAAGUGCUCAAACAGAUACAGGACUUAAAAGACCUGACACAGCGAAACGAGUGCCUAGAACUCAAAGGAGAGAAGCUGGACUAUAAAUCAUGUGAAUCUCUGGAGGAGAUCUUUAAGAGGGUGCAGUUUAAAGUGGUGGAUCUGGAACAGACAAACUUAGACGAGGAUGGAGCAUCAGCUUUGUUCGAUAUGAUUGAGUACUAUGAAUCUGCCACUCAUCUCAACAUCUCCAGCAACAAGCACAUCGGCACACGCGGCUGGCAGGCCGCCGCUCACAUGAUGAGGAAGACAAGCUCUCUGCAGUACCUGGAUGCGCGUAACACCCCGCUGCUGGACCAUUCGGCUCCAUUCGUGGCCAGAGCUCUGCGGAUCAGCGGGAGCCUGACCGUCCUGCACCUGGAGAACGCUGGCAUCUCAGGACGACCGCUGAUGCUGCUGGCUACAGCACUGAAGAUGAAUAUGAACCUCAGAGAGCUGUAUUUGGCUGAAAACAAAUUGAACGGCCUGCAGGAUUCGGCUCAGUUGGGGAAUCUGCUGAAGUUCAACUACAACAUCCAGAUUCUGGACCUCAGAAACAAUCACAUACUGGACUCAGGGUUGGCGUAUAUAUGUGAGGGUCUGAAAGAACAGAGGAAGGGUUUGGUCACACUUGUGCUCUGGAACAACCAGCUCACACACAAUGGCAUGGGAUACCUGGCCGCCGCUUUGCCAUUCACUCAAAGCUUGGAAACACUGAACCUUGGACAUAACGCAGUGGGGAACGAAGGAGUGCACAAACUCAAAGACGGACUCAUAGCAAACCGGUCCAUCCUCAGACUGGGUCUGGCCUCCACCAAACUCUCCUGUGAAGGAGCGGUCGCUAUUGCAGAAUUCAUUGCAGAGAGUCCAAGGCUCCUACGGCUGGAUAUGCGGGAGAAUGAAAUCAAGACCGGAGGCCUCAUGGCUCUUUCCCUCGCCUUUAAAGUCAACACAUCUCUGCUUCGACUCGACCUGGACCGAGAGCCCAAGAAAGAGACGGUGAAGAGUUUCAUUGAGACACAGCGCGCCCUGUUGGCAGACAUUCAGAAUGGCUGCAAGAGGAACUUCAUCCUGGCCAAAGAGAAGGAAGAGACGGAACAGAAGAUGAGGCAGUCGGCUUCAAUGGCCGAAAUCGCCACGGAGGAUCAAACGCAGGAGGAUGAAGAUGUGUCUGUUGAAAAAAGCGAGGAAGAAAAGACCACCAGUCAGGGAGAUGUAACCGAUGAGGGCAGUGUGUCUGAGACCAAAGAGGUCAACGAUCAAAAACCGACACUACAAGACGAUUCUGAUUCAGAUACUGAGGAUGAGGAUGUAGCGGAGGAGUCGAAUGCUUCUGCGAAAACCACAUCUCCCAUACCGAUUCCUGCAAUAAACACCUCUAAGGCCGUGCCCUCGACGCCUCCUCCACCAGAAUCUCCAGCGGGAAUCAAAGUGACCGAAGCCAGUGCUGUCCCCGGAGCCCCGCCAUCUCCUGGCCGCUGCUUUUCGGUCUCUAGUCCCGGCAGAGGACACAAAAUCUUUAUGGUAACGCGUGUGGAAAGCCCUCCGGAGCAGCAACAAACGACUGCAUUUGCAAAAGUCUUCAGCGAGAGGGCAACAAAGAGCCAAACAUCUGCAGCACCUACACAAACUGAUAUAAGAGCACCUUUAGAUGCAUUUUCAAAACUGCCUGAGCAGAAAUCAACAGCGCCUGAGCUCAGCACGUCAACAUCACAUGCAGGAAAAACACCAGCGCCUGAACCGCUCAACACAUCAACGCCUUCACUUGCGGAUAAGCAGGAGAACGUGAAGGAGUCUCAAACAUCGCGAUCAGAAAGCACACAGGAUCCUGCUACGCCAUUUGAAAGCCAAAAGGACUCUGUCCAUCAGACUCACAUAGAGCAGCAGUUGACUGUAAAUACAAAGACAGAAAUGUUGCAAGAGACACAAAAUGUAAGCAAGAAGGACGAGAAGGACUCUGAGCAGAAACAAGAAUCGAAUCCCAUCCAAACAGAGCCAUCUGUUUCAGUACAAUCCCAGGAUGAGACACUAAACCCAGAAGCUGAACUAAGUCCAGAACAACUGCAGGACGUUCAGCCAGGUAGUAAUGGAGAGCAACAAGAGCAGUCCAGUGAUCAGCAACAGGCUGCGCAGAUGCAGCCCUCACCGGAGGUCACAAGAGGUCACGAACCUCUCGAUGAGAAAGUCUGCAGUGCUCAAGCGGGAUCGCCUGACGAGAGCUGCACUGAAGAAGCCGAAGGUCAUCCUGCUUUGUGUACGGGAGCAGUGCUACCCAAUGGGCUGAAGCCAGAAUUUGCCUUUCACCUGCUCGAGCCUGAGGGACCCAAACCAGCCAGCUGCAUUAUGGAGCAUGUGAGCGUGACAGCAGAGCUGAGCUGCGGGCAGGAUUUAGAGGAGCUUCUCCUCGAUGCCAGUCUGGACACCAGCAGAGAUGCACCGUAAUGCUGUAACCAAGGAUCCACACAUGCAGAGAGAAUCAGAAGGGGCCGGUUUGUUCUCGCCACAUGGCAUUCGCCCUUACUCCUCUUCCGUCUUUCUUGUCUCUCUUCCACAAAUUUUCCAAACGUUGCAUCAACAAUACAGAGAACUCACCUUCCCUCAAAUCUUCAGCCUUUACUGAAAUUAGCAAAAUCUCAUUUGUGAUUCAAACACAGUUGCCGUAAAGUUAUUCAGUAUGUUUGGCACAGUUACCAAAGACGCACAUGCAGAGAAACACACACAGAAUCUCGCUAAAACCAGCGACCUUCCUCUGUUCCUAGCCGUUACACUGUUGACCGUGGUGCAUCGCUGCUCACCGCCGCCCACUGGUGGACUAGAGGUCAUAAUGCAGUACAAAGACUGACCAGCUGGAACAUGCACAGACAUUUCAUAGGUUUUGGCUUUCAGAUCUCGAUCAGAAGACGGACGUUGUUUCGCAAGUGCGAGUCUACGUGUGCGUUUGUCAUUAUUAGUGUCUCAUUAACGCAAAAAAAGACUGAGAUCUGCUUUCUGUUCAUUCCUGCUGCUCAGGAAUAGGUCAAAACACCCACUUCUGAUCUCUGAUCUCACCAGGUUCCCUUCAUCAACCAGCACUUCUGAAAGCAUUUUAAACAUGCGUGAUAUGUGAAGCAAUCGGCUGGAUCGUUUAGCGAGUCAUUUGAAUGAUUCGGACAUCUCCGUUCUCGGCGAAUGAAUGAGUACAAUGUUCACUCUCUCUCACUGUCUCAAACACACAUUAGCUCAUUCUGUCUUCCACUGGUUAAACCCUCUGUGUCACCAUACGUACCCGUUUGAAGACAGGACAAGACACAUUUGCCUUUAAACCUUUUUUCAGCUCUUUGUUCUGGCUGCUUGGCUGAAUCAGUUUGUAUUUAUUUUAAACAACCCGAGUCUGUUGUGUGAUUUAUUUUUUUUUUUUAUUUUCUUCUCCUCCUCGUGUUCCCCAUCUUUUUUUUAAGCUGUUGUUGUGGGAUUUCCCCUCUUUGGUGUAUAUUUUCAGAUUCUAUAAAGAGCAAAUAUUAAGUUUAAAGUUUUCCUAUUUUGAUUGGUGGGGGUUUGGGAAAGGGGCGGGGCUUGCUGAUUGAUUUAUAUAAAUAGGGCUGGAGCUCUGGGAGAGUAUAUUAUGUAAAUCGAGCGUGUUUUGGGGUGUGAAGGCCGCUAUGAGGCAGUUGGAGUGCCAGACACAAGACUUCAUGAAGAAAACACUACGCUUGUGUGAAGCUACUGCCGCUGGAGACACUAGAGACUACACUUUACCUCGAGAGAAGUCACCAUCGUCAGAAGAACGUGUGAUUUUGGGACAAA